GUGAUGGGGUUCAGAGGAGCAGAGCUGCUGGGAUUUGUGCUUCUCUUCUCAUGUGGAAACAUCGGCGUGGAGACGGCGAGUCCGAGUCCGAGUCCAGCAGAGCAGGUGACCGUGAGCUCACAGCUGCCCAGCUCGUCACAGGCCGGCGAUCCACUCCGCUUCCCCGUCAGCUACAGACUGAAGAGCGACCAGCUCAGGAAGCGGCCUCGCACGCACACCCCGACAAACCUGCCGCCGGAGUCGGCCUCGGAUCUGACUGCGAUUAAACUGCCAAUGCGAGGCCCAGACCUGAACCCGCCUGUCAGACAGGAACCUAAAGUGCUGCUGAAGGUGGAGCAGCGUGUGCACGUGCCGGCCGACAGCGUGGCCGUGCGCUGUGGCGAGCGCGAGGUCACCGUGGAGGUCAAACAGAAUUUCCUGGGCAACGGUCAGCUGAUCCGCCCGAGUGACCUGACGUUGGGAGGCUGCGCGUCGUCAGGAGCCGCUGACCACGUCGUGCACUUUAAGACUGAACUGCACGGCUGCAGCAGCACAGUGAAGGUGACUGAUAACGCCCUCGUCUACUCCUUCACCCUGAUCUACUCUCCGACACCCGCAGGCAGCACCUUCAUCUUUAAGACCAACUCUGCCGAGGUGGGAAUCGAGUGCCACUAUCAAAGGAGACAGUACGUGAGCACCAGCGCCGCCCUGAGGCCGACGUGGACGCAGCUCGCCACAGACGCGGUCGCCGAGCAGCGGCUCGACUUCUCCCUGCGUCUCAUGACGGAGGGCUGGCAGUCGCAGAGGCCGUCCGGCGUUUACUUCCUCAGUGACGUGAUGCACGUGGAGGCCGCCGUGCAGCAGGGUCACCACGUCCCACUCAGGGUCCACGUGGACAGAUGUGUGGCCACGGCGAAGCCAGAUCCCGGCUCUAAUCCCAGAUACCCGUUCAUCAACAACCACGGGUGUUUCACUGACGCUAAGCUGACAGGAGCCAAGUCUUACUUCCUGCAGAGGAGUCAGGAGAAUAAACUGCACUUUCUGCUCAAGGCUUUCAAGUUCCACACGGAUCAGAGGAAUUCAAUGUACAUCACGUGUCACCUGAAGGCGACGAGGGUCUCUGUUCCCGUCGACGCGCAGCACAAAGCCUGCUCGUUCCUCGCCGAGGCCAGCAGAUGGGUGGCAUCAGGUGGAGACAAUAACGUGUGUCGCUGCUGUGAAAGCAGCUGUGUGGAGCAGCAGAGGCGGAAGAGAGGCCUGGCAACGCGCGCUGGUCUUCCUGUGCUGUGGGAGGAGGAGACGCUCGUCGUGGGGCCCGUGGAGCUGCAGGAGCACGUCCUGCAUGUGGACCUGGACCUGGACCAGGACGAGUUUCCUCCAGAGACGAUGUCUUUGCUGCGAGCGAGCGAGGAGGUUCACGCAGCAUCUCCUCCCUCGGUGGCGUGUGCGGUCAGUGCGGUGCUGUCCGCGGUGAUGCUGGUCAUCGUCGCCGCCGUCGCCGCCGCCGCAGACAGAAGACAGCACAAGUCCACCGGAUACGUCGUCAGCACCUGAAUUAAGAGAAUAAAGCGUUUGAAAACGA